ACUCAGUCAGUUGCAAUAACACACUCGCCGAGGACGGCAGCACAAAGCAGAGACGCUCUCCCUUGUCACCAGCUCUCCCUCACACACACGCCUCGUCUCACCGUGAGGAGCCUGACUGGCUCAGACACUGGACACAUACCUUCUCAGCAGGAACCAAAGCAGAAUAAAAAGAGGAAGAAAAGCCACAAAAGAAGAAAAUAAGAAAAACGAGGCUGGAGCAGAUCCUGAGAGAAAUUUUAGGAACAUCCACAACCAGGUUGUUAAAUUGAGGAGCAUCCUCCUGAGGCCCCCUGCUGACGGAUAACAAGCACUGCGUGGGAGCUCAAUGAGCGUGUGCUCCUAGCCGGCGCUCCACCUGUGUGUGUGUGUGUGUGUGUGUGUGUGUGUGUGUGUGCUGGGCACCAUGCUGUGGACCGUGCUGCUGGCGCUGUUGGUGCUUCUCCUGCUGCAGACUCAGCUCUCUGUUUGCUUAAGGGAUCUGCGCACCGGGGGGUCCGUUUCGCCUCUUCACUCUCCUCCUCAGUCUUCUUCCUCCUCCUCCUCCUCCUCCUCCUCAUCAUCAUCAUCAUCAUCAUCAUCAUCAUCAUCUCCUUACAAUGCAACCCAGCAGCGGCUGCCUGGAGCUAUCAUCAUCGGCGUACGGAAAGGCGGCACCAGAGCCCUGCUGGAGAUGCUCAACCUGCACCCAGACGUGGAGGUGGCGAAGGCGGAGGUGCACUACUUCAACGUUGAGGAGCACUUCCGCCGGGGCCUGGCCUGGUACCGAGCCCAGAUGCCCCUCACCCUCCCUGGCCAGCUGACGGUGGAGAAGACCCCCGGCUACUUUGCGGCUCCUCAGGUUCCAGCUCGGGUGUGGGACAUGAACCCCGCCGUCCGGUUGUUGCUCAUCGUCAGGGACCCGGCAGAGAGGCUGGUCUCCGACUACACCCAGGUCCUUCACAACCGCCUGACGCAGCACAAGCCCUACCAGCCGCUGGAGGAGCUCCUGCUCCACAAGGGCCACAUCAACCACGGGUACAAGGCUCUGCAGAGGAGUCUCUACCAUCUGCAUCUGGCCCGCUGGCUGGAGGUCUUCCCCAGGGAGCAGAUCCAUGUGGUGGACGGCGACGCUCUCAUUCGGGACCCCUUCCCGGAGCUGAGGAAGGCAGAGCGGUUUCUGGACCUGCCGCCCAGGAUAAACCCAAACAACUUUUACUUCAACACCACCAAGGGCUUCUACUGCCUCCUGUCUGCUGGACACGAUAAGUGCCUGGACGAGUCCAAAGGCAGACCGCACGCUCCGCUGAGCACGCAGGCCUUAAAGAAGCUCUGCCGGUACUUCAGGAAGCCCAACAAGCUUUUCUUUGAGAUGGUGGGACGGUCGUUUUCCUGGUGCUGAUGCAACAACUCCUGAGGGAUGCUAACAAUCAGGGACCGAUGGAAAGGGAAACUGUCUUUCUAAUGGUUGAUGAUUUCUGAAUACCUACUCAGGUGUAAAUGCGGCCAAACGUGCUGCACACAUGUGGACGAGGGACGGAAAACUCAAACCAAGCUGGUGCCUCCUCAGAAAUGACGAAGCUGCAACAACAGUGCCAUUAAAGCGUCUUUAACCACUUGUUAGUCCUCGUGUGGGUGUUGUUACAGAAAAUGGACAAAAACUGAGCAGAUGGUUGCAAUGUUGGAUUGUUGCACUAUGACCAAAUUGCAUUAAAGUCAAUCAGUGUAAAUAUUCUCAGAGCAGAAGCUCUUCCUCUGGUUUCUAAAAUGAUGUAAAAAUCUUUUUAGCUUUGUAAAACGCUACUUUUUUCAUCAUGUUGUUCUUUUUGUUCCAUUAGUCUAAUUAAAGCUUAGCAUAGAUGGUGUCUUCUAAAAGUAUUCUUACCUUUUCAACUUUUUCACAUUUUUCACAUUACAACCAAAAGAGUGUAUUUUAAUAUGUGCUAAACCAAUAAGUACGCCAGUUUGAAGAGGAAACAUGGGACAUCAAUUUUUUUUCUAUAUAAUUUUAAAAA